UGACGUUUGCUGUUGCUUCGUUAUUUAGAAAAUGUACAAUAAAUUUAAUUAAACGUAAUAAAACUCGCGAACGUUAAAAAUGCAAUAAACACAUUACUUUUCAAACUUUCUACCAGCAUUCGUCACGCCUUUAUUAACAUACCUAUGAAUCAUAAUUUAACACCUCCAAAAAUCCGUAGCGUUCUAGGAAAUGUCAUGCAAUACAUAAUUAUAAGUGAAUUUUAAAUGUGUCUAUUAUUACCACUGUGAUAUUUAGCCCCUAAAUCCUCGCUAGCAAUGGAUCUGAAAGAUUUGAUGAUCUUAGCCAAUAAUUUGAGGCAGGAACGUUUGUUGGUGACCUCAGAGCAACAGGCUAUACAGAAUCUAAAUGAAUGUGUAGCUAAAGAUUGUGUGCAGGUUCAUCAAUGUUCUUGGAUUAAAUGUCAACAGAGGAUUAAUUUGAAUAAGUUGACAAUUGCAAGAUCCAGUUAUAGUCCGGCUAAUUGCUGUCAGAAGGCUAAUGCUUUGGCCUCGACUAAGUUUGUGGAGGCACAGAAGGUCUUGAAAUACCAGGAUGUCCAAUCCUACGGAGAAUUCCUUCACUUUCUAAGAUGCAAUCCAGAGCUGAUAGCAACCUGUCUGAUAGCCGGAGACCAGGUUGCUCCUGAUUUAGUACAAUCAGUAUGCUGCAGCUUGGUCACAGGAUUAUAUGGAACCUGUCUUCUUACAGAAGACACCGAGUAUGUCCUGCAAGUGCUCAAAUGUCUUAUGGAAAUGCAGCUGAUGCUGAGCGAGGAUCCGAGAAGGAUGCUUAGAAAUGGCUCGUGCGCCUUCUCCAGAUUGUACCUCAUGUUCCACGAAGUAUUAUUCUCUGCCAAAUUAUUUCUUUCGGCGUCUCUGAAAGAACCAGUUAUGCAAUUGUUGAUGGAGGAAGAAAUCUACUUAGAUAUGGAUCCAGAUUUAGCUUUAGGAAGGAAUCCCGAUGAUGAAAUGUUGAAGAAAUUAGGUAGAGAAGGUCACAGAAAAUGGACUAUAGAUACUUUAGUAACGAUUGUCAAUCAUUUUAUCAAAUCUUUGAGGGAGCAUUGGAUUUUGUUCCCGAAUUGUAUUGCUCGGUUGGUUCAUCAGAUGGUUGCAAUGCUGAGGAAGCAGAAUUUUGCAGACGAAAAGAUAAAUGCCAUGUGCACCGAUUUGAUUUUUACCCAUCUGAUAUGUCCAGCAAUAGUUUGUCCAGAGAGGUACUCGAUUGUCGAUGCACCAGUAUCGGCAAUUCAACAAUUCAAUUUGGUUCAAGUCGGCCAGAUUAUACAAAUGUUGGCAUUGGGGAAAAAUGAUGGAGAAGUUAAAUAUCGGGAGCUGUAUUGCCAUUUCGAAAAGAAUUGUGUUUCUUCUCUCCUGGAACCUCUAAUCGAAGGUUCAGGUAAAGUUUUGAGUCAAACACACGAACUUAAGACUGAUAUUCCUAGACUAAACAGGUCAUCGUUGAUGUUCACACUACAAGAAUUAAAUACUUUUGUAUCUUAUUUCCAAUUAGUCGUCGACCAAUCGUCUGUUGAAGGUUCGAAUCGUUUAGAUUCAGCUUAUAAAACUCAAUUGACGAGAUUGUUAUCAACUUUGCCAAUUACAAAUACGAUAUGUGAUAAAAACAAUUCGUCUUCGAGCACUGCUUCACCUGCUGAAUCGCCAAAGAAGGGAUCAUCUUUAUUAGGAAGUAAAGGUUCAAAAUCCCGUCUAGCAAGAUACAACAGCGCCGACACCAACAAUACAUCACCGACAGACAAUCCGUUGCCUUCAUCUUCCUCAAAUAAUUUGACAUCGACCAAUGGAUCAGCCAGUAAUUCAACAUCAUCAACUGCUCUGAAUGUUUCUGCAUCAACAUCAACAGGAGGCCUAACGUUAACCAAUCAACAGAGUAUGAGCAAUUCUAGUUCGGGCACUAAUUGUUGCAACUUUUUGAUGAGCGAUGAUAACAGAAAUAUUGUGCAGGAUGUUCUGAUGAUUCCUUUACCGGGGGCUAUCUGUGGAGGAGAUGUCAUAGAAGUGAUGUCAGAACAAGAAGUUCUAGCUCUCGAACUACCUUCACAUGAGCAUCGUCACAUGCAAAAUAAUUUAUCAAGACUGAAUCGUUUGAAUGCAGUUGACGGUAUCAUUUUAUCAAACGACAUUGGUUUGGAUCAAUCGAAUGCAACAGUUAGAGGUAGUGGUGUUGGUAUCGAGAAAAGGACCAGGUUUUCCUUGUCGCACGAAGAAGGAUCUUUAGGAAAUGCUAGUGACAAUAUUGAAGUGGUUUCAGAAGCUGCAAGCAAUCAUUCUGUAGCAAGUUCUUUGGAAUUGGAACAUGAGGACCAAAAUGAUAAUUUGUCAGAUAUGACUUCUGCAAAUGUCUCCGGCCGUGGUUCGCCAAAUAUUUCAGGAAGGGACACUCCGUCCUCCCAAGUUACAGAAGGCGGCGGAGGCGGCAACAAUCCCAAUAAUAAUAAUCAAAAUGGCGGCCCGAAUCAGAACGGCGGCGGGGGUUCCAAUCAAAAUGGCGGCGGAUCGGGUUACGGAAACAAUCAUGGCGGACCGGGACCGAAUGGCGGCGAUUCUAGGCCGAAUAAUAAAUUUGGCGGAGGCGGCGGUGCGAAGAUUCUGAAACAGGCUAGGAAUAAUGAUAUACAGGACAAGUUUUGCAAAUUCGAGAUAAAGAAACUUUUGGAAGGCGAUGAAACUGUGUCAAUAAUAUCCGAUACCUGGUCCACUGAUGUUUUAGCAUCAGAUUCUGAAGCUGUUGAAACCAGCUACGAAAGAAGUUAUUCAGGAGCCCGUAACCACCAUCAACCAAAUCAGCAACAACUCCCAGUUUUGUUGGAAAGAAAUAAUCGAAUAGUUUUAGCACCUCCUACUUCAGACAGAGACAGGGAUCGAGAAAGACAACCUACUGAUGUUGCAAGCGAUGCUGCCAGUGAAUCUGCCUGGUCGACUGAUGUCUUGGCAAGCGAUUCAGAAAGAACAGCCGAGAUUGACACCGAUGACUGUCACAGUGUGGCUCGAUCUGAUACAGAUACAGCAAGAUCAGAAGUAGAUAUAGAUAAUAUUAUCGAGAAUCAAGCCUCUAACCAAAAUUUACCAAGAAGAUAUCCGAGUCCACUUUCACCUCUAGUUAAUAUAAGUCCAAUUUACGCUCCACAAGCUGUUCGGAGAGAUAUUAAUGUUGUCGAGAAUUCCAAUAUGGAAAGUCCACUUUCUGAUGGCAGUGUGCAAUUAAGAACUAGAAACAGUAGUGCUUCAAGCAUCGGCAGCAACCGCCCCAGCGGCGUAAACGGCCUCUCAUCAUUACUAUCAUCAAACCCUCUAAAUUCAACCCUGAACACCUUCGAUUCAGACUCUGCAUUUUACAACAAACUCGAAUCCACCAGCAAUGCUAAUUCAAAUCUUCGAUUCAAUCCUCGGAACAGCAUGACCAACAACGAUGUGUUCCAUUCGAUGAACUCACCAUUCGUCUCUGCCAUGGCCACCACUGCUCGAGCUAACGGAUUCAUGGAUGGCUAUCAUAGUUUUGAUAACGACAGGAAAUUUUCUGAUGACAUCACUGAUUCUGCGGAGAGAGGUCUGUUUAGACCCAUACAGGAUGCAGGUGUACAGGAUGGUGGAUUGUUGCAAGGACAAGAUCCUGAUUUGAUUCCAAGUGAUCCUUUAUCCAUAAGACAUGGUGAUUCUUUGGAAGAUGGUUUAGCACAGAAUUUCAACGUCACUGGACGUGGAGGCAGUGUAUCAGAAUACAGAAGAAGAACUAUGGAGUAUGUGGAUUCCAAUGCAAACAACCAAGACUUGACACCACAUUCACCAGGUUCGAACGAGGAUAUUUUAAACAACCCUCUAGAGAAAACAUCUGAUUACAGCACUGCUCGGAGUGACUUCCAAACCGAUAGUUCCACCCAAGAAGGCAACGUCCUGUCCAAUCUGGUAUCACGCAUUACCAUAGUAUCAGAAAGAAGAGUGACUCAAAAUGAAGGUAUAAUUUCCAAACCAGGGACUUCUACAGGUGCUAUUCCGAAGAGCAUAAGCUUCGACAGCACUGCUGAUAAAUACCAUCCGCAUAGAGAUUUUGAUGUCAGACGAGGAAUGGGAAAUAUGUUUAAUAAAUUGAAGCAAGGUUUUAAGUCGAGGCGAGGAAAAGGUGGCAGGAACGAUGCUGAGAGGUAUGAUGAAUUUGAAACAAGGGGCAAUAGCAGACGACAGAUGGGGGGAGUGGAUGAUAUGGAAACCAACGACAGCAGGCCUGUUGUAAACAAUCAAGAUACCACUGAAGAUAUUCUGGCAAAGUAUCGAAGAAAGAUUUCGAGUUCUAGUGAAGCUGCAACUUCUGGUGCAUCAGACUCGACAGGAAGUGGCAGUGGAAGUUCAUGUUCCAAGAAGAAUAAUUUGCGACACAAUGACAAUAAUAAUAUGGAUUCAAUUUUAGAUAAACAAAGAAUGCGUAACAGCAUAUCAACAAUGGAGCCUUCUUCUUGCAAUUACGAAGAUGCAAAACAUAAACUCAGGCUGGUUCUGUCCAAUGUGGAUUUGCAAAGUGUAGACUUCAAUACGAGCUGUGCUCUUUCUGAAAACACUCUAACAACUUUCCUGCGCAUUCUUCUGUCUGAGUCUCACAGCACAAAUCUGGAUGACAACUCUCUAUCAGUGCAACUCUACGAGACGAUGAGAAGUAUAGAACAACUAUCGAGAUCUACAGGUCUCAAUGGAAUCCUGGAUCUGUGUCGAGAUCUUCAAUUUGAAUAUCAGUCUAGAUCGCUUUAUGUACAAUAUUUGGUCAACACGAGAAGAGUUUUGUUGCAGACUUUGGCCUACUUGGAAAGGAUUUUAAAUCGUUUGAACUCUGAGCGAACAGCAUGUGAUGAGCAUUUACUUCGAGUGGGUGUCAGGGCUUUCCUCGAAAGCAGAGAGCGAGAAAUGACGACUUUCUGUGAGGACUUUUGUGCUUUGAGAUUGUCGGAUGAAAAAAUUGAUUUACUUGAGACUUUCUUGAGAGCUAUGCACAGUAGCAUGCUGAAGGAUGUUAAUUGGCAAGCUGCCAAUGAAGAACAGCUAGCAGCAGCCACCCUCUGCAUAGAACGCAUAGUGAUGAGCCGAGUCUACCUGAACGCCCUCUACCCCAACGGCGAAGGAGACAUAGCCCGAGACAACGUCCUGCACGCCCACAUGGAGCGCCUGUCUCGUGUCGUCACGGUCAGCCAUCGAGACCUCAGGAUUCCGAUGAGGCACCAGAGAGAAGCCCCGUGGCCCAGAAGUCAGGCGCUGCUCAGACAGAUGUCCGCCUAUCGGGCUGCCAGGGACAAGGCGAGGUGUGUUGCCAGGUGUGUGACUUCGGUUAUGCACGUGCUGGCCAUGACGUCGCCAAGGGCCACUCCUUCGGCUGAUGAUUUGGUACCUGUUUUGGUCUUCAUUUUGAUAAAGGCCAAUCCUCCUGCCUUAUUGUCCACUGUCGAGUACGUAAACAGUUUUUAUGGUAACUGCUUGCAAGGAGCCGAACACUAUUGGUGGAUACAAUUCUGUUCAGCAAUCGAAUUCAUUAAAACCAUGGAUGAUAAUUAAAA